AUGAGUGCUGGGCCAAGUCGAGUCAAGAAGAUCACCCAGUUCUCCCGCCAGGCUCAUUGGCUUUCCGAAAGGCCCAAUCCUGAAUACUCUAGCGGGUUCCAGUUCUUGAUGCGCUGGCUUCCGGGUGCUCAGCUUUUAUACAGAGUAUCUCUCUUUUUGACCCAAGAGAAGGACUUUGCCGGUUUUAAAACGGAAAGGGGGGAAUCUUUGCGCAACAAUUGGACAUCUGUGACGACAGAUUAUAUCCGGAAGAAUUCCCCGGCGAAGUAUCGCGACUUUUUGGUACCGAAAACUGUCAUUGGAUGCAAACGCAGAGUGAUGGACACAAACUAUCUCACCUGUCUCCAUCGUGAUAACGUCGAGCUUGUCCACGACGAUCCUAUCGACCAUGUAACCGAAAGGGGAAUUGUAACGAAGUCGGGUCGUGAGAUCUAUGCUGAUGCAAUCGUUCUGGCAAAUGGAUUUGAGACUCAGAAACCGCUUUUCCCGAUGGAAAUUCGUGGAGAAAGUGGACAGACAAUCUCCGACCAUGUGAGUGCAUACCUUGAGCCUAAAUUUGAUGUGGCAUUAACCAGUGAGCAGUGGCAAGAAUUCGCAGAUGGCUCGCCAGAAGCGUACUUUGGUACCUGUCUGUCGGGAUUUCCGAAUUUCUUCGUAUUAAUGGGGCCAAACACCCUGUCUGGGCAUCUUUCGGUGCUUUACACAACAGAAUGUCAGAUCAAUUUUGUUAUACGGGUCAUCCGACCGAUAUUAAUGGCGAAUAUUCGUUCCUGGGUUCCAUCGUUGUUCAGAUCAAAGGAUCCACAAUCUGUCGCUGUCACCCCAAUUGCAGAGCGAAGAGAUUUGGAUAUGGUCAAUGAGCGAGCGAAAAAGUUGGUUUGGGCUACUGGCUGUAGCUCGUGGUUCAUUGAUUCCAAUACUGGGCGAAACACUAUAAUGUUUCCGGAUUGGCAGUUCAAGUUUCAUCUUCGCAGUAUUUUCAUACCGUGGAGAGAUCUUGUGUACAGGCAAGCUCCUAUGAAAUCCCCGAAAGAGGUGGAAUUGGGCGUUAUUACUCCCUUUCUAUUCGCUUCUGUGGGCAUAACUGCCCUCGGGGGCUUACUUGGAGCAUCUCUUAUCGGGGGCUUCGAGUUUCCAUCGAAAGUAUCUCACUUGCCGGGAUUUCUUCGCAGAAUCUAUUGGCUAGAGAAGUAA